AUGGCGGAGGAAGAUGAGAACGAUGUGUACACCCUGGAUGACUAUUUGGAUAAAGAAGGGCAGACUUUUCACUCAAGUAUCCGGUUACCAGACAUUCAAGCCAGGAAUUUUGAAAUCAAGCCUGUUAUGAUUCAACUACUGGGGAUGAUGGGCACUUUUGAAGGAAAUUUUAAGGAUGAUCCGAAUGAGCAUUUGACCAAGUUCAUAGAGGUUUGUGAGAACUUCAAACAAACUGGGGUUACUAAAGAUGCACUGAGAUUGAGAUUGUUUCCCAUGUCAUUAUCUCACAAGGCGAAAACAUGGUUGAAUUCUUUACCUGAACACUCCAUUAAGACUUGGGAUGAGCUUGUAUCUAAGUUCAAGGCCAGAUUUAUUCCAAGGGGCAAACGUGCUACAUUAAGGGGUGAGUUGCUUUCUUUUGAGCAGCAUCCGGAUGAGCUAUUUUAUGAGGCUUGGGAAAGAUUUAAGGAUAUGUGGAGAAAUUGUCCAAAUCAUGAGCAGAAGAAAUAUGUUCUAAUGGAAGCUUUCUGGAAUGGAUUGAAUGAUCAGACAGUGACAAUGCUGAAUACCGCUUCAAACGGAGGAAUCGGAAAGAUGAAGGUAAAUGAGCUAUAUGAACUGUAUGAAGAGGUGGCAUCUAGCACUAUGCAACAAUAUAACAAAAGAAGGCAAAGUUCUGGGAGACAUAAGGAGCCUAGUUCUUCAUCAUCAAGGGACAUUGCAUCGCAACUUGAAGCAAUAUCUAAAAGAUUUGACAAUCUGGAAUUGCAGAUUAAGAAAGGAAAUACUGCAGGAGUUCAUGCACUUCAGGCUCCGGGAUACACUUGUGACCAUUGUAAUGAGGAACACCAUUCUGAUCAAUGCCCAUACACCUUGGAGACAGUCAAUUAUAUGAAUAAUGCACAAAGAAGACCACAAGGGAACCCUUAUUCUCAAACUUACAACCCAAAUUUGAGAAAUCAUCCAAAUUUCUCUUGGCGAAAUGGGCCAAGUCUGAAUCCCCCACAAAUAUUACCAUCCGGUGCUAAACAAAUGGGGCCUCCUAGUUUUCAUGGUCAACCACAGCAAAAUCAAUUGCAACAGCAGCAUCCUCAAAAGGAAGAUUCCAAAAUUGAGAAGAUGUUUGCUCAAUUAUUGGCCAAUCAAGAAUCUGCAAGGGCUAAGAACAAGGCAACAUUUUCUCUCCAUGAAACUGCCAUCAAGAAUCUUGAGGUGCAAAUGGGUCAACUGGCUUCACAAAUGAAUGUACUCACAAGAAGCAGCUUACCAAGUGAUACCAUUCCCAAUCCAAAAAGGGAUGGUAAUGAAGAGUGCAAAGCGAUCAAUUUGAGAAGUGGAAAGCAGCUACCUGACAUUCAGAGACCUAGUCAGACCGGCAAGGACACCAUUAACAGUAAGGCGACUGAUCUUGAUACAAAUGAGCUUGCAGAAGAAGGUGGUAUAGUAGAAGAGGAAGAAACCAAGAAAAGGAAACAAACAGAAGAAAAUCUCACUGAUGUGGUUCGAGGAAAGAAAGUAGAGGGUGAAACGGUUGAUGAUAAAAAGAGGAAGACAACUCCUCCUCUUGCUACACAGAUGCCGCCGCUUCCAUUUCCUCAAAGGUUCAAGAAGAAAGAUGAAGAUGUCCAGUUCAAGAAAUUUGUGGACAUGUUUAAGCAAUUACACAUCAACAUCCCGUUUGCUGAAGCAUUAGAGCAGAUGCCUAAGUAUGCUAAGUUUCUUAAGGAUGUUCUCUCCAAAAAGAAGAGAUUUGGUGAAUUUGAAACGGUGGCUUUGACUGAAGAUUGUAGUGCUAUACCUUCUAUUGAGCAUCAAAGGAGAUUAAACCCAGUUAUGAAAGAGGUAGUCAAGAAAGAGAUCCUUAAAUGGCUUUCUGCUGGAAUAGUCUACCCUAUUUCUGAUAGUUCAUGGGUGAGCCCAGUUCAAUGCGUCCCUAAAAAAGGCGGUAUAACUGUAGUGGCUAACACCCAAAAUGAGCUAGUUCCAACUCGUACUGUGACAGGGUGGAGAAUUUGCAUGGAUUAUCGAAAGUUAAAUACAGCAACCAGAAAAGACCAUUUCCCGCUGCCAUUUAUUGAUCAGAUGUUGGAUAAACUUGCUGGGCAAGAAUUCUUUUGUUUCUUGGAUGGGUAUUCAGGAUACAACCAAAUUGUAAUAGCCCCAGAAGAUCAAGAGAAAACAACCUUUACUUGUCCAUAUGGCACAUUUGCUUUCAAAAGAAUGCCAUUUGGUCUUUGCAAUGCUCCAGCAACAUUUCAAAGAUGCAUGAUGGCCAUCUUUGCUGACAUGAUUGAGAAAACAAUUGAAGUGUUCAUGGAUGACUUCUCUGUUUUUGGAGAUUCUUUUGAUUGUUGUUUAGAUAAUUUGGCGGCUGUUUUGCAAAGAUGUGAAGAAACUAAUUUGGUUCUGAAUUGGGAAAAAUGUCACUUCAUGGUGCAAGAGGGCAUUGUCCUUGGUCAUCGAGUAUCCAAACAAGGCCUAGAAGUUGACAAGGCAAAGAUAUCUGUUAUUGAGCAAUUGCCUCCACCAACAAGUGUUAAGGGUAUUAGAAGUUUCUUGGGUCAUGCGGGAUUCUACCGUCGGUUCAUUAAAGAUUUCUCUAAGAUCACUAAGCCUUUGUGCAAUUUGUUGGAGAAAGAUAGGGAGUUCAAGUUUGAUGACACUUGUAUGAACUCUUUUGAGGAAUUAAAGAAGAAGCUCACCUCAGCACCCAUUUUAGUGGCACCUAAUUGGGAGCUACCCUUCAUUAUUAUGGCAGAUGCUAGUGAUUUUGCCGUUGGAGUAGUUCUAGGACAAAAAGUAGAUAAGGUCUUCCAUCCCAUCUACUAUGCUAGUAAAACGUUGGAUGAUGCCCAACUUAACUACACUACUACUGAGAAAGAAUUGCUUGCAGUGGUGUUUGCUUGUGAGAAAUUCCGGUCUUAUAUUGUGGGCACCAAAGUGACUAUCUAUACGGACCACUCGGCCCUAAAGUAUCUGUUUACGAAGAAAGAUUCCAAGGCACGCCUAAUUCGAUGGGUCCUUUUGCUUCAAGAAUUUGAUUUGGAAAUUGUUGAUAGGAAAGGCACUGAGAACCAAGUGGCCGAUCAUCUAUCUCGAUUAAGUAAUGAAGCUCAACAUGAUCAUUGUCAAGAGAUCAAUGCAGCUUUUCCUGAUGAAUGCUUGUUCUUUGUGGAUAACUCAACUACUCCAUGGUAUGCAGAUCUGGUUAAUUAUCUGGUUUGUGGAACUCUGCCACUAGACCUUAACUCUCAUCAAAAGAGGAAAUUUCUUCACGAUGCAAAGUUGUACUUCUGGGAAGAACCUUAUUUGUUCAAGAGAUGUGCCGAUCAGAUGAUAAGAAGAUGUGUUCCGGAGCACAGGGUAACUUUGGCUUAUCAUCCUCAAUCAAAUGGCCAAGCAGAAAUAUCCAACCGAGAGAUCAAAAGCAUUCUUGAGAAGGUAGUAGGUGCAACAAGAAAAGAUUGGUCAUUAAAACUGGAUGAUGCUCUUUGGGCCUACAGGACAGCAUAUAAAACUCCGAUUGGGAUGUCUCCCUAUCGGUUGGUGUUUGGAAAAGCAUGUCAUUUGCCUGUAGAAUUGGAACAUGGAGCUUAUUGGGCCAUAAAAAAGCUCAACUUUGACUUUCAAGCUGUUGGUGCAAAAAGGCUCCUACAACUGAAUGAGUUAGAGGAAUUUCGCCUUAAUGCCUAUGAAAGUGCAAGGCUCUAUAAAGAACGGACCAAGAAGUAUCAUGAUCAGAAAAUUAUUCCCAAGAUCUUUGAAGCAGGGCAAAAGGUGUUACUUCAUAAUUCCAAAUUGAGACUAUUUCCGGGCAAACUCAAAUCACGUUGGUCAGGGCCAUUUACUGUGGUACAAGCUGCCAACCAUGGUGCAGUGGAGCUGGAAAAUGAAAAAGGUGAAAGAUUUCAUGCCAAUGGCCAACGUUUGAAGCAUUAUUGGGGUGGAAAGGUGGAUCGUCAAGCCUCUUGGUUUAUUCCUCAAACUUUGGAGCUCGGCAGGAGUGGUUGA